UGUCUAUCUGCGCCGUGAGUGGUCGCUGCUUUCUCGAAUCUCUCCUCGUCUAUCUCUCCUUCCCGAUUGGGAUGCUGAAGGCGUAAGCUUCCUCGAGCUGCUUCUUACCACAACAACGCCUUGCUUCCCUCUUCACAAUGAUCGUCAUCCGCUUCUACCGCCUACAAUAUCCUAUUCCUAGAUCGACAGCGAACGCACUCUGAUCAUAUCGACGGCAAGUCUGCCGAUCACUGUGUUCAUGCGCACGCAAACCGACGCGAGCGCUUGCUAUAUGCUCCCUUGGCCCGCCUUCGAUGUCGCAAUCUGACUCGGACGUUUCAGCUGAUACCUCAUCUACUAUCGAUAUUGCGCAGAGGCGCACCGGCCUCACACCGAGCGGAUCGCGUGUGACUACACCCUACAGUUACACCACCAGCACUAGAGAUUAUCUUCACCAACCCCAAAUAACACCACAGCAACAACAAGCCUCGCAAUCAUCGAGACACUAUGCAACACUUCAGGAACAUGCUGACUUCAUCAUGCGCACGGAGCAUGCCGACAACGAUGUCGUCACACCCCGUCAGGAGGGCAGGCGUGGAAGCUUUGCUUGGGGGCUGCGCGCAGCGUACGACGAUGAGGCUCCAAAACACAGUCGCAAUCCCAUGAUGCCACAGCGAUCAGACAACCACACACCACCAACGAUGGAGGAGCUUGUACGCAGGAAUACUCACGAGGAUGAUGACUCCAGCAUCUGCAGGUCCAGCCUGGUUCGGAGCGAUACUGUCUUCAGCCGCCCGUCUACUACAUGCUCGUCUACAUCCGGUACUGAUAUUGACAGUAUUACCCGGUCAGACACUGGGAAGUCUGUAGGCGGGCUCGCGAGGAGCAUGACGAAGAAGAUUCCUGACAUCAAGCCGCAUCGACCCUCGAUUGGCAAAGCGUAUCAGAGAAUGUCAGUGCCUAAACAGGGUCAUCCGGAAGAUGCGAGUUCCACUCAAGGCUGCAGAAACGGUCGCAAUCUACCUUUUCAGCUUCCAUCCGGCUUGAAAAUGAAGAGUCCCGUUGAGGGACCUCAGCAACCCUCCCUGGUUGUAGAAGAGUCGCUGGCGUGUGAGUCUCCCAGUAAAGCUACGUCGCCAGACUCAAAGUCCAAAUGCAGCAGCUUAGCAGCUCGACGACAGGUCAAGAUGGACAUCACACUCCCAGUCGCACUCCCCGACUUGUCCAACCCCAAAGAUCUCCAAGGAGCGAAUCCCGCAAUCCUAAGCAGCAUCUUUCCAUCGCGCCCUCGAAGCCCCAGGACACCUUGCAUACGCAAAGCAGAGCUAGACUGGUUUCAGGCUACUAAGAUAACAGGUGCAAGAACUGCCCCGAUAAUUGAAGAUGAUGAAGACGUGAAUGCCAUGGACAUGAUCAUUCUCAACGACGCAGGUGUCGAGCUUGGAAUUGAGUCAGCACUUCCCUCAGUUACGCCUCGAAUCGCAACGCUAGCGUUCGUACGACCACCUCAAAAGAUUCGUGAUCGCUGCUAUAUCAGUCGCCCUACAAGGAAGCGGAGCAAAAGUGGAGGACCCAGCACCAGCGAUUCUGACUUCGGAAACACACCCGACGGUCACUGGACACCCGAAGUCAGAGAGGGCAUGAGCGAACAAGAGGUAUACACACAAAAAGAGCUCGUUCAAUUGGCGAAGACGUCGAAGAUUGCACGCACCCGUCGUUGGCCAUGGAACACAUCAAAGGUCUCUGGCUCUGAUGAGCAGGCGCGUUUGAAGGAUGACCAUAGAGACAACCGUAAAAGUACCUCUGUCAACAUCUUCAAACGCUCGAGCCGGUUUCCCGAGAAAGAUAUCACAGAAAGAGAGAAGAAAGAAAAGAAGUCCUCUAAAGAAUGGAACACGCCCUGGAAACGAGAUAAGCCUGUCAACAAACCCCCUCUCCCCUCGGCAUCUCUCGCCAAUAUGCCUGUACCGCCAGCCUUUGUGCCUCCUGGGUGCGAUAAGGUCCAAACUUCGCCAAAGUUCGACCCAGCUGGUGAGGUCAAAGGCAAGCUUGCAGACUUCUUCUUCGAAUCCAAUGGCUUUAACGCCAGGCGCAAACCCAACUCUUCCCCCGGCGGUCACUGGGACUCUAACGCGGUUCUCAUGAGUAUGCACACUGAUAUGGGGCUCAGUAACACUGAGGACGACGAGGAAGGACCCGAGGGUCGCCCGCCUGAUGCAUUCCACUUCGGCCCUGUCAACGACACAACCGGCCCGAUGACUAGCCCGGGCCUGUACACAGGGCCCGAUGGGUAUCUGGCUGUCAAGACUCCCGGCAUCGGGCCUAGCAAGACACCCGGUUCCCCAGGCCAGGAUAGCUGGUUCCGCAUGCACUUUGGUGAGCAGACACCUGAUGUCGAAACUCUGACUGCCGUGGCACUGAAGGAGGCAGAGGAGAGGAGAAAGUUCGAGUGGUUGGUCCCCGAACAUCUGCCCAACAGCCCCCUUUGUCCGCUACAUGUCAAGUACGUGGGACCCAGCAAGGGACUUUGCUACUGGCAUGGUAGGAAGAGUAAUGGUUGGGGUGUUGAGCCUGGACGGAAUUAUUUUGAUGAUCCUGUAAGGAUUGUUGAGGGGAGUAGUGUGCGGUGGAAUUUCGGGAGGCAGGCGAGUCCGAAAAAGGAGAAACGGAAGAGAAGGUUGCAGAGUCUGAGCAGUCCCUGAUGUUGUUUUUAGCGCGGCGUUGGAUGCAGGUAUUGGCUGGACGAGAAUGAUCCUAAUGAUAUCCAUGAAUCCCUUGAUAAGAA